AACCGCUGAAACUCAGAGAAUUAGUAAAGGUCUUUGUUGUAGCUUCUGUUCAGACUUUAAGACCGCUUCAGACCGCUUCAUGCAGUUUGUGUGCGGUUUCAGCAGUCAGUAUUCAGUGUCCGUGUGUUUGGGGCAGAUUGAAGCGUGUAGAAGUGAACAUUUCUGUGUGUAAAGGAAGAAACAGUUUGUGUCCAUGCAGCGGUUAUUGUGUGAGAAAGUGAUGGCUUCUGAGAGCAGGAACCCCAGCAGUGAGGGGAAAGACACCAGCCACAGGAAAGUCCUCGUCUUCUUAGAUCUCUUCUGCCUCUUCAUGGCUGGUCUGCCGUUCCUGAUCAUCGAAUCCAGCGCCGUGCGGCCGUACCACCGUGGCUUCUACUGUGGCGAUGACUCUAUAAACUACCCAGCCAAAGAUGGAGAGACCAUCAGUGAUGGGGUUUUAUCAGCUGUGGGCACGCUCAUCGUCAUCCUCUCGAUCACGAUAGGUGAGAGCUAUCGGAUCCACUUCCUCCAUGAGGGUUCCAACGCGUUCGUGAGGAACCCCUACCUCUCAGCCCUCUACAAACAGGUCGGGGUUUUCCUCUUCGGCUGUGCCAUCAGCCAGUCCUUCACCGACAUUGCCAAGGUGUCAGUGGGUCGUCUACGUCCUCACUUUCUGGAUGUGUGCAAGCCGGAUUUCUCCAGGAUUAACUGCUCGAUGGGAUACAUCACCGAGUACCUGUGCACCGGAGACGACAGCAGGGUUCAAGAGGCCAGGAAGUCCUUUUUCUCAGGCCAUGCCUCUUUCUCCAUGUACACCAUGCUUUAUUUAGCUCUCUACCUGCAGUCGAGGUUUACCUGGGAAGGAGCGAGGCUGCUACGACCUCUGGUGCAGUUCACGCUCCUCAUGAUGGCCUUCUACACUGGUUUAUCGCGAGUUUCUGACCACAAGCACCAUCCCACUGAUGUGCUGGCUGGUUUUGUGCAAGGAGCCCUGGUGGCCUACUGCGUUGCUUUCUAUGUGUCUGACCUCUUCAGGUCAAAGGACAGAGGCUCUUCACUUCCACCAACCCCUAUAAAGAAAGAGCUUCUCCCCACCGUGGAACGAAACAACCACCUCACUUUAGCAUGACUCUAACAGCCGGGGAUAUGCAGAGGUGUCCGGGAGUCCACACGGACUGGACUGGUCACUGAGCUAGAGGUGGCUUCACUCCCCAGCACACUGGCCUACACUGGACUGAUGUAAACCACAUGUGAAUAUUAACGUGCCAAAAAUCGGCUGCAUGUUAAAAAAAAAUGUAAACGCUAACUGUUAAAGCUGAGAAACCAUUCCAGAGCUGCAACACUAAGAAGAAGGAGCUACUUGUUUAUCUCUUCAAUCUUGAAUGGAAACUCAAACCGAAAGGAAAAGCUAUUUCUGAGAAGACAUGGUUAUUUAACCUGAAACAAAUUCCUAGCCCAGGGGAAGGAUAUUAUUUUUAUCGACUCGCUACAUGGUGGACUGUGAAUAAGAUUUGUGAAUGUAGCACACUAUUCAAACCUCAUGUCUAACUACACUUGAAUGUUCAGUAAAUUAGAAAAUACCUUGAUCUGGUACUUAUAAGCCCUGAACCGCAUGUUGUUGAAAAUAAUCGAGACGUUAUGUAGAUAUCGUGACGUAUCUUGAUAUUUGUUAAAGCUAUUGUUAUUAUUUAAUUAUUUCAAGAUAUACUGACUGGACAAUUUAUAAGAAAGCCCAUAUUUAAUCAAGGGACCAUGAGGCAGCAUCUUAAGCCCUAUUCGGACGGGAUUAGUUUUACGCGGGGACGUGGGGGUAAAGUAAUUAUUACCAGAGCUUCUCGGUGAUUUUAGUCCCGUCCAAAUGUGCCAUCCCUGUAAUCAUUACGGACAAUGUCAGUAAAGAUUACAGCGACUUUUACCUUCUGUAAAAAGGUCCGGAAAAAUUACCUCAGGUAAUACUAACCCCGUCCGAAUAGACCCGCUGCAAAUAUGUACAGUAAAAUUCCGUCAUUUCCUGUUUGAAAGUAGUUUUUGGCGCGUUUUGCAAGCAUGGAGGCGCCAUGUUGUCUGUUUGCGCACGUGAUAACAGGAAGCAACUGUGGUUACUGUGGUGCGUAAAGCGAGUUACCCCUCCCACUUCUGCUAGUUUUACUGAGAUGUCUUGUCCCGUGCAAAUUGGCCAAUUAAUAUUACAGACGUCCUGAGGUAAAAUUGCAUUACUCCACGUCCCCAUGUAAAACUAAUCCCGUCCGAAUAGGGCUUUAGAUGUGUAAAUUCAUGUAAGUGUGAGUCAAACGCUUCUUUAGAUCAAACUUGGGGUAAAAGUGAAUUCAAUGUGGUAUAUUGUUAUUGCCAGACAAACUGGUUCAUCUUUCAGAAACUGCUGAUCUGCUGGAAUUUUUACAGAUAACUAUCUCUCGACCCCACACUAGAGAAUGGUGUGGAGAAGGAAAAAAAAACACUCAGUAAGCAGUUGUUCUGUGAGUGAACACAAUUGUCUGACUGACAGGAAGGAUACAAUAACUUAAAUAAUCACUUAUUACAUCAGUCAUGAACAGAAAAGCAUCUCCUAAACGAACACACAGUGUUAGCCAGUUUUAGAAUGGGGUUCCUAAGAUUGCAAUUAUUUGCAUUGUUUGCUCUUGAGACAUUGGGCCAAGAUGAAACAAAUUAAGGGUAGUGGUUAAGACGUUGACCUUCUGUUCAGAAGGUCAUGAGUUCAAAUUUCAGGACCACCAAGAUUCCACUUCCGGGCCCUUGAGCAAGACCCUUAACCUUCAACUGCUCAGCUGCAUAAAUGAGCAUAAAUAUAAUGAGCUAUUAAGUUAGAAAAUAAUUUGCGGUUCAGGGCUUUCAGUGAGAUUAGGUAAUGGUACUGGAUGGAUUCAUCAGACUGAUACUGACCAGGAUUAUUUUGGUAUCAGAUAGGAUUAGGCCGACUUUGUAUUAGCUUAUUGUCUGAAGCACAUCAUGUGAAGCAUACCAGCUGCUUUUCAGAGCUUUGGUAAUGAAUAUGAAUAUCAAGGGCUUGGGUUCAGAUCUCUUUCAUACUGGGUGUUUAUCUCCAUCACUGCCACGACCUUAUCCACCAUCACUAUAACCAUAUCCACCACCACAACAUCUGCAAUAACUGCCACCACCACCACCACCAUAUUUGCCAUAUCUGCCCCAACACCAUCACCACCAGUGCCUCUGUUUCUGAGUGUAUUAUUACUUUAACAGUGUUCGUCUGCCACUGAGGUGUGUGACGUGUCACAUGAGCAGGGUUUCAAUCUGCUGGUUUAAGAUGAAUCCCGAAACAAAGAAACACACUUCCUGUAUUAUUUUCCUUUAAAGCCAGUAUUCUUUUACUCCAUGUAUGUACUGAAUGAUGUAUAUAAAUCCAUAAGUGUAAGAGACCACUAUAAAUGUGUCUCAGUGAAACUUUUGUGGCUGGGAACCUACAAUACUUUUUUUUUCUUUUUUUUUUUAAAUGAAAAUAAAUCAUUAAAUCAUUUUAAAUGAAAUAUAUUUUUAUGUAAUCAAAAAGACUGUGGAAACAUGUUGUGAUACC